UGUAUUCAUCACUCAUUCAUUCAAUUUUAGAAAGGAAAAAUAAAAAAUGACUCUUGUUAAUGGUUUGAACAAAUUCUCAAACCCUAACUAUGUUUCAAUUUUCGAUACGACGCUUCGUGACGGAGAGCAAGCUCCUGGUGCAGCCAUGACUGCUAAACAAAAAAUGGAUAUUGCACAUCAAUUAGUCAAGCUUGGUGUUGAUGUAAUUGAGGCUGGUUUUCCAGCUUCCUCUGAGGUUGAGUUUGAGCUUGUAAAGUCUAUAGCACAUGAAAUCGGUAAUAGCGUAGAUGAAGAGGGAUAUGUACCGAUGAUUUGUGGUGCGGCGAGAUGUACUAAGAAGGAGAUUGAAAGAUGUUGGGAUGCUUUGAAGUAUGCAAAGAUACCAAUGAUUUGUACGUUUAUCGCAACAAGUGAUAUACAUAUGAAGUAUAAAUUGAAUAUGAGUAGAGAACAAGUUGUGGAGAAAGCAACUAGUAUGGUAGCUUAUGCUAGAAGCCUUGGAUGUGAGCAUGUUCGAUUUGCAAUCGAAGAUGCUACGAGAUCUGAUAAGGAGUUUCUCUGUCAUAUUAUUGGAGAAAUUAUCAAAGCUGGUGCAACAUGCAUUUGUCUUGCUGAUACUGUUGGAUGCAAUUUGCCAAAUGAAUUUGGACAACUAGUUGCUCAUGUAAAAGCUAAUACCCCUGGAAUUCAAAAUGUAAUCCUUGCUGUACACUGUCACAACGAUCUUGGACUUGCUACUGCCAACACAUUAGCUGGAAUUUGUUCAGGAGUAAGACAAGUAGAUGUAACCAUCAAUGGUAUUGGUGAAAGAGCUGGAAAUGCUUCUCUAGAAGAGAUAGUAAUGGCCAUAAAAUGUCGUGGAGAGGAAGUACUAGGUGGUGUCUAUACCGGGAUUAAUACAAAACAUAUAUUCACAACAAGCAACAUGGUAGAGGAGUAUAGUGGGCUUAAGCUACAACCACAUAAGGCCAUUGUUGGUGUUAAUGCUUUUUCUCAUGAAAGUGGAAUUCAUCAGGAUGGAAUAUUAAAGAACAGAAGUACAUAUGAGUUUAUAUCUGCUGAAGAUAUUGGAUUUAUUCGUUCAACUGAACAUGGUAUUAAAUUGGGAAAACUCAGUGGGCGUCAUGCAUUGAAAGCCAAAAUGCUUUUGCUUGGAUAUAAUUUUGAGGAUAAAGUACUUGAAGACCUCUUUUGGAGAUUUAAGUCAAUGGCUGGGAAUAAAAAGAAUAUAACAGAUGAUGAUUUAAGAGCACUUGUAUCAAAUGAAGAUAUCCAGACUCAAAUUGCUUGAAAACUUGGAGAUGACUUAACACAAAUACAUGAGCUUGUCACCUAUUGAUGGUAGAGCUUAUCAAAUGUUUGCAGCAACCAAGGGUUUUGUGCUAUAUUAAUUGAUGUAUUAAAUUUACUUGAUGUGUCUAAGGUGUAGAUUCAAUAUUUUAAUUUUAUAAGUUCAAUCUUUAACUUUUUUAGUUU